AUGCUGGUACAUCUGCUGCUGCUAUGGCUGCUUCUGAGGGUGACAGUUUGCAAUGAGAGUAGUCCAAGCCCAUGUGGGACAGAUGAGUUCCAAUCUGAGACCUUCUGCUGCCAACUUUGUCCUGCUGGCACCCACCUCAUUAAAUCAUGCCAGAGGAACCACAGUGAGAGUGAGUGUGUCCCGUGUGAGCUUGAAAACUUCAUGAACCACCACAACAGGGAGUCUUCCUGCUUUCGCUGCUCUCAGUGCCGGCAUGACCAAGAGGAGGUGUCAGAAUGCUCCCAGACGGCUAAUCGUAAGUGCCAGUGCAAGCAGGGCACCUAUUGUAACUCUGAAAACUGUGUGGAGAAGUGCCUUCCAUGCAGCAGCUGUCCUAAGGACAGAGUCAUCAGGCAAUGCAACGCCACCAUGGACACACUGUGUGACACGUUCAAGUCAGACUCAGGGACGCCAGGUUGUCACUGUCUCUGCCUGUCUGGCCCUCUGACUGUUAUAGUUGUCAUAGCUGCUGUCAUCAUCAUCAUUGCUGCUGUCAUCGCCGUCAUUUGGUGUGUUUUAAAAAGAGGUGAGUGA